AUGACGAAGACAAAAGUGAAGAUGCUCGUUGUCCUGCUGUGUGUGACUGGCAUCUGGGUGUUGAGAAGACAUGUUUCAAGAGUGUUUUCAGAAUACUUCAGCCAGCUCCAGGACACAUACCCCUGUGCUUUUGACAAAUGCUUAUCAGAAGAUGAUCUGUGGUCUAUGCUGCAUUUAAACACAUCUGUUGAACCAUUUUUGUCAGCGCAAUACAAUCUCUCAGUGGAUGCUUUCAACUGGUGGAAGCGCUUUCAGGUUGAAAGGCGCGACUUUAGUACCUAUAAAAAAACAGUGGACAGGCUGUUUGAGAUGUUCCCAUCCAGUCCAGAUGUCAUAAAACCCAGCCCUGUUCUCUGCAGGAGUUGCGCUGUGGUGGGAAAUUCUGGUAAUUUGAAGCGAUCACGAUAUGGACCUCUCAUAGAUUUACAUGAUGUCAUCAUAAGAAUAAACCAUGGUCCUACCAAAGGCUUUGAAGCAGAUGUGGGGACCAGAACAACUCAUCAUGUCAUGUAUCCAGAGAGUGCCGUGGACUUGGAUAACAACACUCAUCUUGUGCUGUUUCCAUUCAAGAUACAAGAUCUCGAGUGGCUCAUCAAGGCCUUCUCUACUGGAUUUACUGGAAGGUCAUAUGUGCCAGUUAAGUCAAAUAUCAAAGCUAACAAGGAUUUGGUGAUGGUGAUCAAUCCAGCUUUCAUGAGGUAUGUUCAUGACAUGUGGCUGCAAAAGAAGGGCAGUUAUCCAUCCACUGGCUUUAUGACUUUGAUUCUUGCCCUCCAUAUUUGUGACGAGGUCCGUGUGUUUGGUUAUGGAGCAGACAAAAAUGGAAACUGGAAUCAUUACUGGGAAAAACUCAAAGACACAAAGUUUAAAACUGGAAAACAUCCUGGAAGUCAUGAGUAUGGAAUUAUCGAGAAGCUAGCUGAGAAACAAAAGAUCGUGUUUUUUACAGAUGAACUUUUAGAGAAGGAAAAGGCUUUCCUCCUUGAUGCGCCACUGACGACUACUGGCCUGUUUGGUGAGGCAGUGGAUGUCAAAAUGCAGGGAGAGGCGUUUGAGCAGUAUCUCCCCCGCCAGUCUGGGUCCAGGACGGCGACGGCUGAAGAGAGACGAGCUCAGCCCCCUUCUAGCUCCUACCACCAGAGCCAGAAGCAAAGCGUCGCUUCCCGUGGUCCCCCUCAACAAACCUGGGAUGCGAGGCAGCGCUCUCGCCCACAGCCCCCCGAGAAGACGGAUCUGAGGUCCAUCAUUCAGUCACGGCGGGCCCGGGGAAAGAGGUCCUGA